AUGAAUGUAGUCGCUUCUUCCACUCCAUCCGAUUUCCAGCAAACCAUCCUUGUCGUUUCCUCAUCUCCAUCUGGUCCAAACCAUCCUUAUUCGAAUUUCGCCGUAGCCAUCGAUCUCCAUCUUCUUGUCAGCCAUCCCGAACCACCGUCACCACCGAUUCCUCGACCAUUCUGCUCUUCUUCGUCACAACUCGAUUCCUAUCGAUCCUCUCCAGCAACUGUCAGUCUUCUUCUAUGCCCCGCUUCAUCUCACUCCAAUCACUUCGACCUAAAAUCCCCUUACCUUCUCUCCGAAUCUUUCUCAUCCAAUCUAUCCGACCCAUGCAGGAAUCCGGUGAUCGUCGUUCUUCUCCACAUCUCCAACUCAUCCGUCCUGAUUCAUUCUUCUACCAUCCGUCUUCCUUGUGUUCCUCAUACAUCGAUCACCGCCUCUCCAGUCCCUCUCGAUGCUCUUCCACUCUCCAUACCGACCAUCGCAAGUCAUCUGAAUCCUAUUCGACGAUGUCGUUGUUGUCCUUCUUCUGCUGAGCCAUCCUUCACCAUCAACGUCUUCACCUGA